UUAGCGUUGGAGAUAGAUUGCUAGCGCGCGAGCUUCAUUGGAGCAAUGCCCUGCUCCAAAUGCCUUGCGUCGGGCACAUUGUGGACGCAUGGCGAGGGUCUGGUUGCGCCAUGGCGGCGACGCCUUGCGGCUCCAUCGAUUUGCAAGCGGCAGAGAGCUUCGAUUCGGAUCGUAGAUCAGGAUGUGAGGCUGCAUUCCAGGGUUUCCGACAGGAUGCCGCCAGAUUUGGCAGGGUCGAUCGGCUUCUCGUCGGAUUUCCAGCCGAAUCGGUUUCCAGCGUUCCCGGGCUCGGAUUUCACGAAUGUGAGACAGAGAGAAGAAAAGAUCAGCAAUUUGCGACGCUUGAUCCUCCAGGUGGCGACUGUGAGUGGUUUUUUCGCGUUGCAAUCACUCACUCAGGCCUGGGCUGGAAGCUCCAUGGCCGACGCUCAACAAAGCGCAUCAUUUUUGGGAUUUUUGGGAAGCAUUGACGAGAUUAAAAGCGGUUUUACAUUGGCGUUUCUUCUAAUAUUUUUCUCGGAGUUGGGAGACAAAACAUUCUUUAUUGCGGCAAUCCUGGCGAGCAGGAGAUCCAAUGUUGCUGUUUUUACUGGAACAUUUGGAGCUCUUGUAGCCAUGACAUUGAUAUCUGUGGUUUUAGGACGGGCAUUUCAUUAUAUAGACGGUGUUCUACCUUUCAGCUUAGGCAGCAACGAAAUACCGCUAGACGACCUUGCCGCUGUUGCUUUGCUGAUUUACUUCGGAGUGUCUACGCUGCUGGACGCUUCUUCUAUGGAAGGAUCAAAAUCACAAGAAGAGCAACAAGAGGCGGAACUGGCCGUUGCUGGAGUAAACGGUGGCGGCGGCUCGACGAGCAGCGUAGUUAUCUCAACAUUCGCACUGGUGUUCGUGGCUGAGUGGGGAGACAAGUCGUUCUUCUCGACAAUAGGUGAAUGGAUCAAACUUCCAGUCCUUUGCUUGGUUCAAACCAACAUGAAAAAACUUGACGCGAGUUCUUCGUCCAUCAGCUCUAGCAGCGGCGUCCUCUCCUGUUGGUGUGGUGGCUGGAGCUAUCGCUGGUCAUGGCGCUGCUACAUUGCUCGCUGUUCUUGGUGGAUCGAUCAUGGGAAACUACAUCUCCGAAAAGGCGAUUGCGUACAUUGGCGGGACGCUAUUCCUCGUGUUUGCUGGAGAGACGCUCUUCGAGAUCCUCACUGGGUCCAAGUAAAACGUAAAUGAUUGCACAGAGACAAGGAUUUUUACCAGCGUGACCAAGAGUCAAAAUGGCUUUGUUCUACCUCCCAGUAGGGUUUUUGGUGGAAUGGGAAUGGCGCGGGGUAA